AUGCCCUACACACCUCCUUUCGCCUGCUCAUACGGCAAAGGACCCGCACACUUGCAGAACGGCCCGCUAGCAGAACGAACUGCUCUGCCACCUGCCCUGCUACCGAUACCGACAGCUCCACCUUUCCUGUCUUCGAUCUUCACUCCUCCGAGAUCAGCUGUCGCCAUGACGACGAGGUUACGUGGCACACUGCUCAUCGCUCAAGGCAAGGACGCCGAGGGUAAACCAGACCCAAUGAUCUCUUGGUCAUCUCUGGCCGAGACGCAUUACCCUGCAGGGAUGAACGUCGGCCCAGGUGUCAUCCGCCUCAUCUUGCCCAAGCAGACAGCCAAACGGGACAAGAAUGCAAUCCGCCUCGAGAUCCUCAAGCAGUUCGUCAAAGACUUUGCCGGCGCUCAGAUCAUCUCUGUCAUCUUCCCUGAUGGCAGAUACGGCGACCAUCGCUUCGUUGACCUGGAGAAUCGGACGCCAAAAAUCAGCCUGGUAACAAUCGCCGAGAAGGCUGUCAAGAACUGGCGCGUCAAUGGCAAGGAAUUCGAGCCCGGCUACUUCCUAGGAGCCGAGCUCCCUGAAGAGUUCACGACGAUCGACUUCAUCAACGUCCCUCAUCACGCGAGGAUGAAGGUGGCCACAGACCUUCAGGUGGGCAUCGAAAAGAUGUUCGCCUCAUUUGCCGAGUGCCCUAUUACCGUCGUUGACGUCUGGGAAGUCGAAGAGGAGUUCAUGCCGGGUCACUGGACAUACGCCAAUCGCCUUCGCGCUCUGGUCUCCGUCGCCGUUGGCACCGCCACGGUGGCGGCGGACAAAUGGCCGGGAUGGAUCUAUUGGGCUCCUCAAACGGCGCUCUUCGAGCUCGAGUACCGCAACCGGUACGACUACUGCAAGCUGUGCCGCGACAACUGCCAAAACCUCGACGAGCGGCACACCACGAACUCGUGUCCGUACGUACAGUGCUCGGGCUGCAAGACAUUCGGUCACUUCGUCAAAAACUGCCCCGACUCCCAGCCGGCGGCCCGACAAGCCAAUCCUCAGCCUGCCGCAGAAAUGCCAGUUGCCUUGCUCAGCUCCGAACAACGUGCCUUUCCCCGAGGCAUCCCAGCCGCGCCAGCAACUGAUGCGACCCCUCGCGACUCCGACGAUAGCAGCAGUGCGAACAGAGUCGUAGAGGAAGGCGAGGUAGGCGAAGACCAAGAGACCGAGUCAGACCGCCGCGAUCGCGACGCCAUGCCUCCACCCGAGGCCCCAGCCCGGGCUGGACUCCCAACUCGUCGCCCGGCGUCGCCGAUGGAUAGCUCCUCAGACUCUGCGUUCUUCGCCUCGUCGACUCGCAGCCACGUUGUCUCUGAGGCACACAUCUCGCUCACGCCCAACGCUCCCUCCAAAUCUCAGCCCUUUCGAGCCGCGCACCCGCCCAUCCUUCCAGGAGGUGUUGCGCAGAAUCAUGGAAGGCCGCCCUCCGUUGCGCCGAAGCGUAUCGUCGUCAGCCCCACAAGAGACUCACGACAACCCACCCUCGCCACAAAUGCCAACUGGCUGCAACGACGAGGAUCUUCAAGCUCAUCAAGAUAG